AUGCCCGGAGAGGACGAGCCGCCGCCUGUUGAAGUACAACGACUGGUCAGCCACUGCGAGAGAGCAGGUCUCGCGAUUAUCAUCGGGGCCGACUCCAACGCACACCACCAGCUGUGGGGAAUGGAGACCAGUAAUAACAGAGGUAAGACACUUGUUGAAUAUCUUGUGACUACAAAUCUAAACAUUCUAAAUGUGGGCGCUGAACCAACAUUUGUAAACAAACGAUGCAAAACGAUUAUUGACCUGACUCUGGCUUCGGAGGAGGUCAGCGAACUAGUUAUGGGAUGGCACGUCUCUCAGGAGGCCUCCUGUUCAGACCAUAGAUGGAUUCGCUUCAAUCUACUAGCAUCUAGUGACACACCAAUCGCCCGUAGGAAUCCCAGGAAAACUGAUCGAGCCGCUUUUAGGAAGAUCCUAGGCGAAAGCCUCGAUCUGCUUCCUCCGAGGGAUGACCUUCGGGAACCAACUCAAAUAGAACAGCAGGUAAACAUCUUAACUGAUGCCCUCGUAGACAGCUACCACAAGGCGUGCCCCUUAAACCCACCGGCAAGGACUGCCAUAACGGGUCACCAGUGGUGGGGCCCAGAACUGGAGAGACUCCGGCGGAAAACCAGGAGACUCUUCAACAGGGCCAUGAACACAAUGGCCGAAGUGGACUGGGACAACUACUAUGAAGCCAAGGCCAGGUACAAAAAAAGACUGCGGUACUGGAGAUCCUUAUCGUGGAGGAACUUCUGCAGCAGCAUCGAAACAUUAGACCAGGCCAACCGGGUAAGGAAAACUCUAGCGCACAAGCCCACAUCACAACUGGGCUCACUGCGGAAGCCCGAUGGCACAUACACAUCUUCCCCUGCAGAGACUCAACGCCUUCUCCUGGUAACCCACUUUCCGGGAUGCGUAAGCCUCGCUGAUGUAAAUCAGCAGGACGAGGAAUACAGCACAACAGACAACAACUGGCAAAUGGCGCAUAGAAUCGUCACCGCUGAGAAACUCAGGUGUCACAGACAGUCCCUUAUGCCGAGGAUGCAUGGAGACAGAAGAAACAGCCUCUCACGUGGUGCUGGAAUGCAGCGGAGUGGCCCCAUACAGGGCAAAACAUCUCGGAUCCCCGAGAGACCUCCCUGAGGUCCUACUCAACAUCAAAGGUUUGAUAGGAUUCCUCGAGGAGUUGGGCUGGCAAGAGUAGCCAACCCUCCACCCCCCCUUGUCACGCAAAAUAGGCGCCAGUCGUCGAGUUGCGGAAAAUCGCCCGAACUACAAUACAAUAC